AUGGAAGAUAGGACUGAAGGUGAUGCUCACCGUUUCUAUGGUGUUAGCGCCAUGGAUCUGCGGGCUGUAGGUGAAAGGAAUGUUGAGUGGGAUUCGAGUGAUUGGAAAUGGGACGGUGACUUGUUCGUAGCUAGACAGUUAAAUCCUGGAUCUAGUGAAACCAUGGGGCGCCAAUUUUUCCCUCUCUGCUCCGCUAUUCCAACUACUGGAAACUCAUCGAACAGCUCUUCCACAUGGUCUGAUGAAGGGAACAUAGAAAUGAUGGAGAGGGGGACAAGGGAAUUGGACAAGAAGAGGAGGGCUGUCGUGAUUGAGGAUAAUAACUUGAGGGAUGAUGCUGGUAGCCUCACUCUGAAGUUAUGCGGACAUGGUUAUCCUGCUGGUGAUAGAGAGAGUUUGGACAUAAAUGGUGCGAAGAAGACAAAAACUGGUGGAAGUGUUCCCAGUCGGGCAGUUUGUCAGGUGGAAAACUGUGGAGCUGAUUUGAGCAAGGUGAAGGAUUAUCAUAGACGGCAUAAGGUGUGUGAGAUGCACUCCAAAGCUAGUAGUGCACUUGUUGGAGGAUUUAUGCAGCGGUUCUGUCAGCAGUGUAGUAGGUUUCAUGUCCUUCAAGAGUUUGAUGAAGGAAAGAGAAGUUGCCGAAGACGUCUGGCUGGGCAUAAUAAACGUCGGAGGAAGACAAACCCUGAUACUGGUGGCAAUGUGAAUCCUCUGGGUGAUGAUCAAACAAGCAGUUAUUUGCUGAUUAGUCUCUUGAAAGUACUCUCCAAUAUGCGGUCCAAUGGAUCGGACCAUGCGGGUGAUCAAGAUCUUUUAUCCCAUCUUCUGAAAAGCCUUGUGAGCCAUGCUGGUGAACAAAUAGGAAAGAACAUUGCUGGACUUCUGCAGGGAAGAGUCCAAUCAUCUCUAAAUGUUGGCAACUCUCAUUUGCUUUCAAAUGGGCAAUCCCCUCAGGAGGAUCUAAAGCCUCUUUCAGUAAAUGAAUCUGAAAUGCCUCGACAAGAUUUAUAUGUAGAUGGUACUCGAGGUGCAGAAGGCAUGAAUUGUUCUCCAAAACGGGUCAGAAUGAAUGAUUUUGAUUUAAAUGACAUCUAUAUAGACUCGGAUGAUGGUACAGAGGAUGUAGAGAGAUCACCACCUGUAAAUCCAACAACUAGUUCUCUCGAUUAUCCUUUAUGGAUACGCCAAGAAUCACAUCAGUCUAGUCCACCUCAGACAAGUAGGAAUUCUGAUUCAGCAUCUGACCACUCACCUUCUAGUUCCAGCAUAGAUGCUCAGGGCCGCACAGAUCGUAUCGUAUUCAAACUAUUUGGGAAAGAGCCGAAUGAUUUUCCUGUUGUUUUGCGAGGACAGAUUCUUGACUGGUUAUCACAUAGUCCAACUGACAUGGAGAGCUACAUUAGGCCUGGUUGUAUCGUUUUGACCAUUUACCUUCGUCAAGCUGAAGGUGCUUGGGAAGAACUUUGCAGUGAUCUGGGUUUCAGUUUGAGGAGGCUUCUAGAUCUUUCAGAUGACCCUUUCUGGACAGAUGGAUGGAUUUAUGUCAGGGUGCAGAACCAAAUAGCAUUCGCUCUUAAUGGUCAGAUUGUUGUGGACACAUCCUUGCCUCUAAGAAGUCGCAAUUAUAGCCAAAUCUUUUGUGUAAGACCGAUUGCAGUGGCUGCAACUGGAAGGGUUCAAUUUACUGUAAGAGGCACCAACCUCCGAAAACCUGGCACGAGGUUACUUUGUGCUGUAGAAGGAAAAUAUUUGGUUCAGGAAGCGACUGUAGAAUCAAUGGUUGGGAAUGAUGCCCUUGAGGAGGAGAGCAAUGAGGUCGAGUGUAUCGCAUUUUCAUGUGAUAUGCCUGCUGCAAGCGGUCGAGGGUUUAUGGAGGUAGAAGACAAUGGCCUCAGCUGUAGCUUCUUUCCUUUCAUAGUGGUUGAGGAUGAUGUCUGUUCUGAAAUCCGUAUGCUCGAGAGCACGUUAGAGUUUACUGGCACAGAUUCUGCAAAGCAGGCUAUGGAUUUUAUUCAUGAAAUCGGCUGGCUUCUUCACAGAAGUAAACUGAAUUCAAGACUCGGGCAAGAGUCAAAACCUAAUGGAAAUCUAUUCCCUUUAAGACGGUUCAAGUGGCUAAUCGAGUUCUCGAUGGACCACGAGUGGUGUGCGGUGAUCAGAAAGCUGCUAACCAUUCUCUUUGAUGGAACGGUUGGUUCAGAACUAGGUCCAUCCUCUGAUUCUGCCCUAUCCGAACUGUGCCUUCUUCACAGAGCUGUGAGGAAAAACUCUAGACCCAUGGUCGAUAUGCUUCUCCGAUAUGAUCCCAAGGAACAGAAAUUAUUGGGCAACGAGAUCAGAAUGUUCAGACCCGAUGCCACCGGCCCUGCUGGUUUGACACCUCUUCACAUCGCAGCCGGUAAAGACGGCUCAGAAGAUGUGUUGGACGCCCUGACUGAAGAUCCUGGAAUGGUUGGACUCGAAGCCUGGAAGAAUUCCCGGGACAGCACGGGCUUCACACCCGAAGACUAUGCCCGCCUUCGCGGCCAUUUCUCCUACAUCCAUCUCAUCCAACGCAAGCUCAAGAAGAAAUCCACCACUGAAGAGCACGCAGUAGUGGUCGAUAUCCCUCUUUCUUUCCCUGAUACUGCCAUGGAGAAAAGUCACCAGAAGCAGAAAACCGGGCUGAGACCCUCCGGCUUGGAGAUCACUCUGGCCAACCAGGCCAAGUCUUCGCACUGCAAGCUAUGCGACCAGAAAAUGGCAUAUGGGUUUGGACCGGCAGUCAGGUCUGUGGCCUACAGACCGGCGAUGCUGUCAAUGGUGGCCAUAGCUGCGGUCUGUGUCUGCGUGGCCCUUCUGUUCAAGAGUUGCCCGGAGGUGCUUUACGUGUUCCAGCCCUUCAGGUGGGAGUUACUUGCCUAUGGAUCCAGCUGAGUAAUUUUACUAUGGACCACCCAAAGUAUUGAAAAUAACCGGCUAAAAUAAGACUAUAUAAUAUAUAAUAAUUUAUAAAUGAAUAACUUGAUUGUAUUUGUAUGUUUCAUAUAUAUAUAAGAUGGAUUUCAUGUACAAGUGCAACCUCCGGAAUUUCGAGGGCUCUCUCCAAUUAGUAUA